UUGCCAGAUCCCAUAAUGCCUUCCGAGACACCCCAAGCAGACGCGGGGUCUGCAGCGUGCCCCCACCUCUCAGGGGCACACCUGGGGAAAGGGAGCCUGGAGAAGGGGCCCCCUGGGGACAAAGAAGCCAAGGAGCGCCUGUGGAUCCGUCCUGAUGCCCCAAGCAGGUGCUCCUGGCAGCUGGGCAGGCCCGUCACGGACUCUCCGCAUCACCACACUACCUUGGCAAAAUCCCCCAAAAUCUUGCCAGAUAUCCUGAAGAAAAUUGGGGACACCCCCAUGGUGAGAAUCAACAAGAUUGGGAAGAAGUUUGGCCUGAAGUGUGAGCUCUUGGCCAAGUGCGAGUUCUUCAAUGCGGGCGGGAGUGUGAAGGACCGCAUCAGCCUGCGGAUGAUUGAGGACGCCGAGCGGGCUGGGACGCUGAAGCCCGGGGACACCAUCAUCGAGCCGACGUCCGGGAACACAGGGAUCGGGCUGGCCCUGGCUGCCGCCGUGAAGGGUUACCACUGCAUCAUCGUGAUGCCAGAGAAGAUGAGCACCGAGAAGGUGGACGUGCUGCGGGCCCUGGGGGCGGAGAUCGUGAGGACGCCCACCACCGCCAGAUUUGACUCCCCCGAGUCGCACGUGGGGGUGGCGUGGAGGCUGCGAAACGAGAUCCCCAAUUCUCACAUCCUGGACCAGUACCGCAAUGCCAGCAACCCCCUCGCUCACUACGACACCACCGCCGAGGAGAUCCUGCAGCAGUGUGAGGGGAAGCUGGACAUGCUGGUGGCUUCGGCAGGCACAGGCGGCACCAUCACGGGCAUCGCCAGGAAGCUGAAGGAGAAAUGCCCAGGGUGCAAAAUCAUCGGGGUGGAUCCCGAGGGCUCCAUCCUUGCAGAGCCCGAGGAGCUGAACCAGACGGAGCAGACGGUGUACGAGGUGGAGGGGAUCGGCUACGACUUCAUCCCCACGGUGCUGGACCGGUCGGUGGUGGACAAGUGGUUCAAGAGCAAUGAUGAGGAGUCCUUCGCCUUCGCCCGCAUGCUGAUUGCGCAGGAGGGUCUGCUGUGCGGUGGCAGUGCGGGCAGCGCCGUGUCGGUGGCCGUGAAGGCUGCCCAGGAGCUGCAGGAGGGCCAGCGCUGCGUGGUGAUCCUGCCCGACUCCGUCCGCAACUACAUGUCCAAGUUCCUGAGUGACAAGUGGAUGCUGCAGAAGGGCUUCCUGAAGGAGGAGGACUUCACGGUGACCAAGCCGUGGUGGUGGCACCUCCGAGUGCAGGAGCUGAGCCUGUCGGCUCCGCUGACCGUGCUGCCCACGGUCACCUGUGAGCACACCAUCGAGAUCCUGCGUGAGAAGGGCUUCGACCAGGUGCCCGUGGUCGACGAGUCAGGGGUGAUCCUGGGGAUGGUGACCCUGGGGAACAUGCUGUCAUCCCUGCUCGCCGGGAAGCUUCAGCCGUCAGACCAAGUUCGGAAGGUCCUCUAUAAGCAGUUCAAGCAGAUCCGCCUGACGGACCCACUGGGCAAGCUCUCGCACAUCCUGGAGAUGGACCACUUCGCCCUGGUGGUCCACGAGCAGAUCCAGUCGCAGGACCUGGCCUUAUCGGGCGUGGUGGGGGGGCCUGCAGACCACAGCAACGGCAAGUCCAGUAAGAGGCAGAUGGUGUUCGGGGUCGUCACUGCCAUCGACUUGCUGAACUUCGUGGCUGCUCGCGAGCGAGAGCAGAAGACCAAGUCAGGACCUGCCGGGGCCACGGCACAGCUCUGACGGCCCCCACGCCGCCGGCUGGUGUCCAUCCUCUUUUGCUUUUGUCUGAGCACACAGACGUGACUUUCAGCUGCCUGACGCUGGGCACUGCUCUAACAUGAUGGGUAGCAAGGACAGGUGCAGGAUGCUUAGCCUGGGGCCAGCAGGAAUGUUCGUUUUCCCUUUAUUAGCACCUGGCUACCUAAAUGAGUCUAUUUAUGGUUUAUUAGAGUAGAUGUGUUUUUCUUUAACUUUCUUCUAAAAUGUUUCAACGCAACAAUCUUAUUAAAUAGAA